AUGUCGUCAAAGGAGAACCCAGGCUCUGACAGAUACAAAUUCCUGCGAGGGACAGCGAUGCUGGUGAUCUGGGGCGGCGUUGACGACAAGACGACGGACGAAGACGACCUUAAUGCCUGGUGGACGAACGAGCAUCUCCCCGAACGACUUGCCAUUCCCGGCUUUCAGCGAACGCGGCGAUUCCAUGCCCUGCAAAAUGGCCAAUCGCAAUACCUCGUCUGGUACGAAGUGUCAUCCCUAGACACGCUCACAUCGCGGGCGUACAUGGCGGCGUUGAACAAUCCCACCCCGGCCACGAAGAAAUUCAUGCCCUGGCUUGCGUCCAUGAAUCGUUCAGCUUGCCGGGUUUUAUUCUCUGAUUCACGCCCUGAAUUCGCCAAAUCUGCUGGUGGCGGCAUGGGUGCUUCGAUCGCCCAUAUCGUCUUUCAGGCACCGUCAUCUGUAGAAUUGAGAGAACAACUGCGUAGUUGGAUUGUGGAAACGGUCUGGCCGACUCUGUCACACCAUCACAGCCCUCUAGCGCUUCAUCUGCUAGAGCAUGAUCACGAGGCCACUCAGUCCGGGAGCUCAACCAAAUCGUAUGAGGAAGUACGGUUUCAGACGUCGAAGAGUAAGAACCAGUGCCGAUGGAUGAUAUUGAUAGAGUUUGCGGAGCCCGUUGGGGCCCCAUUCGCGAAACAUCGAGGGUUGACAGAAAAUCUCGUCGAGCAGAUGGAAAAAUUCGAGAUGCGGGACGUUGAGACGCGUUUCUAUGGGCUCAUCUGCGCAAUGAACGAGUGA